AUGGCGACAGGCCUCAUAACGUACAAGCGUAAUAAGCCCCGGAUGGAGAUGGACAUCAUAAGGUACGAUCAUUGUGUAGAUGCCUACUCUCUACUCUCUAGUAGAGAGAGAUGGACUGCAGGUCCAUGGUGGUCCGGUGGAGUGCGGAGUGUGGACUGGUGGUGGACUCUGAGUCUGGGGGGUUCGGGUACAUACAUGCCUACACGUGGUCAACUUCUUUACUUCUUCGUAGAUCUGACUCUUCAAAGCGACUCGGAGUCUGGAACUGGGACUCUAGAGUCUGGGUCCUGGGAGACCUCAGACCUCAUACUCAUAGUCUCAACUCUCAUAGUCAAUGGACAAUGA